AUUUUAUUAUUGUUCUGCAUUUUAGACGCAAGCACUGACAACGUCAUUUAUUGUAUACCCAGGCUGUUAUUUUUUAACGAUUCAUAUAAUGGAUGAUUGGUCCAGUAAAACCGUACCACGGGGUGGAAUUUUGCACCCAGCGAAAGCAAAUUAUAGUGCUGAAACUGAGAAAUUCUUGAAACUUUUAAUGGAGGAGAGCAAAAUGUCAAUGAUGCAAAGGAAAAGGUUAAAUUACGCAUUGAGAAACGGGGACCCUUUGCCUUCGUUGGCAAAUAUCACAAAGCGAAAAACCCCCAACCUUCCAGAAGUAACGAUAAGGCCUGCAUCUUCAAAACGUCGCUCCAUGGAAACCAUCAUCAGGUCUGGAGCGUAUGAAAGGGACGCUUAUAAACCGAAUCAUCUGGUAGUGGACAGAGAAAGGGAAAAGGACAAACUGGCAAAUAAAAUGGCCUAUAAUAAGGAUUUAGCGGUGUCGAAAGAAAAAGUUCUCGAAAAAUAUGUGGAAAAGGAGAUGGAGAGCAAACCAAAUCGGUUUGAUGAGCUCCUUAAAGAGAUUAAAGAACGGCAGGAUUGGUUAAGGGAGAUGCAAGAGCUAGGGGAAGAUAAAAAGUAUCGGCCUAUAAUCGAACAGCAGAUUCAAAACAAAGUCAGGGAACUGGAAAAAUUGAAGAUGGAUUAGUGCGGGAAAAUAAAAGUUGUUGAAUUUUUGCUUCUAG